AUUCUUUUCAUCGCAUCCUCGCAGAGCUCUUUUCUUGUCGCGACUGACUUCCUGCCCUGCACUUUCUUUCUCCUCUGUACUGCGUGUCUUUACUUCGCGGGUUUCCCCAAGACGAUGAAGCUCGGCCAUGCGCCUGCUGCUCAUUCGCCACGGCGAGUCCGUUGACAAUGUCGCUGGGUUAUACGCAGGAUCUCGCGACUCGCCCCUGACGAACCACGGUGUGCUGCAGGCACGGCGGCUUGGUGCUCACCUCGCUGACCUCGGCCGGCGGCACGCCCUGGGUCCCGUCAAGCGCAUCUUCACGUCGAACCUGCAGCGCGCUUACCGGACGGCCGAAGCGAUUGCCCAUGCCCAGGCAGACAGUCGGGCUACCGACGCAUGUGAUGUCGAGUCGGUGUCGGCCUCUGGCAACCGCCGGCGCCCCUCGGUCGUGCAACUGCCGGAGCUGCGGGAGAAAGACUUUGGGUCGGACGAAGGCAAGAAGUACGGUACGCGAGCAGCUGAGAAGCGAGACCCUGGCGUAUUCCCAGGUGAUGCCGAGACGCGGGAAGCCAUGCGGGCUCGGGUGCACCAGUUCCUGACUGGACACCUUGAGCCGUACAUAGCUGAAGCGUCGCCGCUAUUGUCCGACAGUGACGUGAUUGUCAUUGUCGCGCAUGGCAUCAUUCUCAACAGCCUGGUCAGAGCAAUGCUCGCUCGCUACCCAGCUCAUGCUGGAGUCCAGCUCGGGUCGCCCGCGGGAAGCUCAGACUUCUCUGUCGCGUGGAGCAAUACCGGGGUACUGCAGGCCCGCUUGCGAACCAGUCUUGCGCCGUCGAUGUCUCAAGGCAAAGAUCUUGCAUCCUCAUCCAGUCCCUCUGUGGUCUCGGACGUGGAUUCCAGAUCGCGAAUGGCACUUGGCCCGUUUGUCAUUGAGUCCACGAACAAUGUCGACCACCUUCAAGGUCUGAAAAAGACUCGAGGUGGCAUUGGCAGUUCAAAGUUCGACUCGCGGCAGAAGACCAUGGACACCUUCUUCAGGCCAACGGCCAAGAAGCGGAAGCAUGAAGGCAGCGACUGAGACCGUUGCUCCUUGAUCGCCCUUCAUGGUCGGCACCAUCUAUCACCAAACAGAUGGUGCUGGCUCUGCACAAGGUAAAGCUUGAUUCAUUUUCUUCCUCAACCACCCGCCUUUCUAUGAUGAGAAAAUCAUAAUUCACAGACCUGUUCUGAAUUCAAUGUGGAACCGUUAUGUCCAACCGCUAUCUGAAAGAAAGCCAUCUCAAACACUACUGUAGCACAUUUUUGUUGGAACAGAUGAUGCUAACAAGUGUUUUUAGUCUAGAUGAACACCCGAGAACUGCUUGGCGGAAGCUCUGGGAUUGACAGUCGAUAGAUGUUCACACAGAAUAAUAAUA